AUGGGUCGCCAACACCCCCCCGGCCUCCCUCAUCCGCGCCCCUGCCUCUCCCCCCUUGCCCCUUCCUCCCUGCCUCUCCCUCCCUCCCUUCCGCUCCCUGCCCCUCUCUCCCCCUUUCAGCUGGGAGUGUAUCUCAACACAAUCAAGCGAAUGCUCGAAACCCUGCGACCAACAGUAGAACUCCGAAUGCGCAAGUGGGUGGCCAACACUCCCCCAGCCUCCCUCAUCCGCCCCCCCCAGCGCAACCUCCCCCCCCCCAAGCGGCCCUCUGGCGGGGGCAGUGCUGCUGGUGCCGCUGCUGCUGCUGCUGCCAUGCUGGGGGCUGCUGCUAAGAGAGUGGCUGCUGCUGCUGGCGGAGGGGCAGGGGGAAGCGGAGGGGCAGGGGGAACUGGUGUAGGGGGACAGGGAGGGAUGGGCGGAGGCGGGAUGGGGGGAGGCGCUGGUGGGGGGAAUGGGUGGGGGGAGGCUGCGGGGGGGAGGGGAAGGGGGCAGGGAGGCGGAGUGGCGGAGGCAGGGGGGAUGGGGGGAGCAGGGGGAACGGGGGGAGGGGGGGUGGCAGGGGGGAGGGAGGUGCUAUUCGGGGAGAUGCUGAGUGAAGUGACGGUGGAGUUGAGGACGACCUACAGGGCGACGCUGCAAGGGGUGGUGGAGAAACUAUACGAGAAUACCCAGCUGGGUCGAACCACAUCAUUGAAGCGAGUGCUCAAGGAGGUGCGGCCACAAGCAGGCGACGACAUGACCUCCAAGCUGCAGCCGCUCUCUGCACUGAUUGGAUCACUGCUAGCCCAGGCUGACGCAGUGUUGAGCAGCCGUGUCUUCGUGGGGACAGCGAGGGGCCUGUGGGACCGGCAUGGGAGGGAGGUGUUGCAUUUCCUGGAGAAGAGGAGGGAGGGAGUGUCGUGGUUCAAGAGUGCUUCUGCUGCUAUCACACUCGAUACUCUCGAUAACUUGUUCACCCAGCAGAUGCAGCGUUUGCAGGGCCACUCUCUCAUGGAGAGGGACUUGGAGCCGCCUCGAGCCAUCUGCGAUGCGCGGGGGGUGCUGUCUAAGGGAGGGGCACCUGCUGCCACUGCCAGAGUGCAUGACUCCCUUUCUCUGUACUGA